AUGGAAUCUAUGAGUAUGGAAUCUAUGAGUAUGGAAUCGAUGAGCGGGAUGGGAUCCCCCACUUCCACUAUGGCGAUGGCUAUGGGGUCUAUAUCGAGCAGUGUUGUGGCGUCGUUAAUGACGAUGGGAUCCGCAACGGCUUCCGCGUCGAUGGAUAUGGACAUGGGGUCCGCUAGUGCAACUUCUGCAAUGGUUAUGUCCAGUGGUACGGCGAUGCAUCAUGGUGGUAUGUCCAAUUCCUCGAGUGACUCAAUGGAUGGUAUGUCCAAUUCGUCCAGUGACUCGAUGAGUGGUAUGUCCAAUUCGUCCAGUGACUCGAUGAGUGGUAUGUCCAUGCACAUGAACUACUAUUUGACACGGAAAUUUGAACACUACCCUGUAGUGUUCGAGAAGUUGUAUGCGACCCAUAAAAGGCAGGCGUUCGGUAUCUUUGUGCUGAUCCUAGCGGCCAGUUUCGUUUACAAGUUUCUACUAUUUGUAAACUGGUGUCUGGAGGUCCACUGGUUUAAGAAAUGGGACACGUCCAUGAAAUCUGAAAACUUGAGGUCAAUCGUUGCUGGCAAGGGUGCCGCAGUGGGGAUGACAGAGGUCAGCGAAACGGACUCCUCCAAGUCCAAAGAAUCGUACGUGGACUCCAACGGGUUGCAGAUGGGCUCACCGCUACCACAGUUACCCAACCUCAUGUUUGACAUUUUCGCCCCAAACUUCAUCGACCUGUUCCACGAUUCAAUUAGACUCUUACUGAUCUUCACGUCCACAAUGAUCAUCUACAUGCUCAUGUUGGCAGCGAUGUCCUUCGUGCUGACGUACGUGUUUGCAGUGAUAGUCGGGUUGACAGUGUCCGAGGUGUUUUUCAACAGGUGCAAGAUGGCCCUGUUGAAAAGAUGGGAUAUCCAGCGCGAGUUGGACAAGAUCAAUCGCUGCCCAGGUGGUGCCGCAUGCAGGUGUGGUAGGCACAGACAGACAGCCGCUGGAGGUGAGCAAUGUGGUUGCGCAGCGGUCGACAACAACCUGGAAAGAAAAAUCGAGAGGGAUAUGUCCGAGAAUGCGAAGCUGCAAGAACAGGGGAACGACAUGGAUGCGAACCUGAUGCCCGCUGAAAAGUUCCAAUGA